GGGCCUCCCUGGUCUGGCAUCUGGAAGCAGAGGCCAGAGGCCAGGAGAGCAGGGUUUGGUUUUGAUGCAGUGUAGGGCUGGCCUCUGUGUAGUCAAAAGCCCAUUGUUCCUUCCCCUGGGGAAGAGGAGGCAGCGGUUCUGACUCACGGCUGUAAACAACUCCGGAGAGAGCGGACAAACAGGCUUCAGGGCCUGGUGAGUCACUUCUGGGGGCAGGGGCCUCUCUUUUUCGGCUAGAUCUCAUCCUGCCUUAGGCUCAGGUGGCUGCUGCAGGCCACUGUAGCACAGGACUGCCACCUGGUGGCCACAUUUUACUUUACAUAGCUUUAUGGAAUGUCCUGGUAGAUAUAAGGCUUGUGCUCCUUAGGAAUGAAUGGGAAUUUGCUCUGGACUGGCUCGUCAGGCUGGCCCUUGCUCCUCACUCAAUAAAGCAGCCUUAGAGAGGCUCACCAGGCUAGGACUCAGUUGCCAUCCUCUGUCACACAGUAUGGAUGUCACUGUCCAGGGACAAGACUCAGGCUAGCUGUGUCUGUCAACCUGUCCCUAGAGAUUUCAUACUUCGUAGACCUCUUCCAGGCUCAGGGUCACUGAAGUUGGCUCACUGUCACUAAUGGUUGCCUGAGGUCUGGGCACUGGGCCACUUCUCACCCUCCAGCCAGGGUUAAACAUUAGUGGGAGGUUAUCGGGUUCGGAAAAGGGGUGGGGAUUUCACUUGCAACAGUCCUCUCUGCGGCCCUGCCUGGAACACCAGUUCCCACCCGAGCCCAUACAAUGCCUGUGGAGGAGUUCGUGGCUGGCUGGAUCUCUGGAGCUGUGGGUCUGGUCCUGGGGCACCCAUUUGACACUAUAAAGGUGCGGUUACAGACCCAGAAUACAUACCAGGGCAUUGUGGACUGCAUACUCAAGACUUACCGCCAUGAGUCGGUGCUGGGUUUCUUCAAGGGAAUGAGCUUCCCCAUUGCCAGUGUGGCCCUGGUCAACUCUGUUCUGUUUGGAGUGUAUAGCAACACCCUGCUGGCACUCACAGCCACCUCCCACCAGGAGCGACGGGCCCAGCCACCCAGCUACACAAACAUCUUCAUAGCAGGUUGUACUGGGGGCCUCCUGCAGGCCUACUGCCUGGCUCCUUUUGACCUCAUCAAAGUCCGGCUACAAAACCAGACAGAGCCAAGGAUGCAAAUAGGGAGUUCUGAACCCCGGUACCGGGGUCCUGUACACUGUGCAGCCUCCAUCUUAAGAGAAGAAGGACCACAGGGAUUGUUUAGAGGAUCCUGGGCCCUGGUGCUGAGGGACACCCCUACGUUGGGAAUGUACUUUGUCACCUAUGAAGGGCUAUGUCGCCAGUACACACCAGAAGGCCAAAAUCCCAGCUCUGCCACAGUACUGGUGGCAGGGGGCUUUGCAGGCAUAGCCUCCUGGAUCACAGCCACGCCUUUUGAUGUGAUCAAGUCCCGGAUGCAGAUGGACGGGCUGAAGGGGAGAAAGUACCGGGGGAUGCUGGACUGUAUGGCAAGCAGCUUCCAGCAGGAGGGAAUAGGAGUCUUUUUCAAGGGCAUGACCCUCAAUAGUGCCCGUGCCUUUCCUGUCAAUGCUGCCACCUUCCUUAGCUAUGAAUAUCUGCUGAGCUUGUGGAGAUGAGCCUGGCCAGGCCAUGCCACGCCAUGCCAGCAACUCCACAGCAGGGUCAUGGCUGACAGCAGCUUGGAAAAUCAAGCUAAAGAACCCAGCUUGCAGGUAUAAAAGCAAGAGGUGCCAUACAUCACCCAGAGAGUUAAGGAACCAACUUGCAAGAAACCGAUGAAUCUGGCCCUGUACAGCUCCAAGUCACACUCAUCUCCAGUCCACCUCAUUUCAGAAAGCAGGGGCACAAGGCACAUACAAAUAAGCCAGAACACCAUGUCACAACUGCCCCUCUGAAAGAGCUCUCAGGGACCAGUCACUGUCCUGGUGCCACCCAGCCAUGGGGCUCAAACCAUUCCCCUAGACAGGAGAAUGACUUGUCUCCUUCCUGUACAGAAUCCUUCAGUGGUUUCCAUUACCUCCAGGGAAACCCAGGUCCCUAGCUCCUGGCUGUCCUGCCCCAUUAAGUGGUCCUCUCUCUUGGCCACUUCCUGCUGUGGUCCCUCAUGUCCCAGGAGUGCUCAGUGGGGUGUAGUUAUUGUCCUUCCAGUGGCCUACUCUCCUCUCAGACCCAGGCAGAGCUCUAUCUCUUGGGCCCUUCCAGCCCUGACUGUGAGUACCCAGGAACCCCAGCCCCUGCCUACCUCAAUCAUAGCUCUGUGUGAUGCUUCAUGGUUAGUUGUUUUGCUCCUCUGAGUCAUUAAUCUGUGAGUCUUGUGGUAAGGAUGUACUUGUCUCUUGAACAGAUACAUGCAAUAAAGUUUCAUUUGAUGAA